CACCAUUGCAAUCACCAAGCAGAGCUAGCAGAGCCCCACUCGACACCAGAGAGGAAGCAGCUAUAGCAAUGGCCGUCCCCAGCUCGCCGUCUCUUCUCCUCGUCGCCGCGCUGCUGCUCUGCGCGACGGCGACGCUGGCCGCGGCCCAAGCCGUCACCACGAGGAAGUACCAGUUCGAUGUGCAAAUGACGAGCGUGACGCGGCUGUGCGGCACCAAGAGCAUCGCGACGGUGAACGGGCAGUUCCCGGGGCCGACGCUGCACGCGCGGGAGGGCGACCACGUGGAGGUCAACGUGGUCAACAACUCCCCCUACAACAUGAGCAUCCACUGGCACGGCGUGCGGCAGCUGCUCAGCGGGUGGUAUGACGGCCCCUCCUACGUCACGCAGUGUCCCAUCCAGCCGGGCCAGAGCUACGUCUACCGGUUCCAGAUCGUCGGGCAGCGUGGCACGCUCUGGUGGCACGCGCACAUCUCCUGGCUCCGAGCCACCGUGCACGGCCCCAUCGUCAUCCUCCCGCCCGCCGGCGUGCCCUACCCGUUCCCCGCGCCGGAGAGGGAGGUGCCCCUCAUGUUCGGCGAGUGGUGGAGGAACGACACCGAGGCGGUCAUCGCCCAGGCGCUGCAGACCGGCGGGGGGCCUAAUGUGUCCGACGCCUACACCAUGAACGGACUCCCCGGCCCGCUCUACGCCUGCUCGGCGAAGGACACGUUUAGGUUGAAGGUGAAGCCUGGCAAGACGUACAUGCUCCGGCUCAUCAACGCUGCGCUCAACGACGAGCUCUUCUUCGCGGUGGCAAACCACACGCUCACCGUCGUCGACGUCGACGCGCUCUACGUCAAGCCCUUCGCCGUCGAGACCCUCAUCAUCGCGCCGGGACAGACCAGCAAUGUGCUCCUCACCGCCAAGCCGGCCUACCCCGGCGCCAGGUACUACAUGCUGGCCCGCCCCUACACCAACACGCAGGGCACCUUCGACAACACCACCGUCGCCGGCAUCCUCGAGUACGAGCAUGAUGACCCCGCCACCGCCGCCGGCAACGGCAAGAGCCUGCCGAUCUACAGGCCGACCCUGCCACAGAUCAACGACACCAGCGCCGUGUCCAACUACACCGCGAAGCUGCGCAGCCUGGCGAGCGCGGCGUACCCGGCGUCCGUGCCGCAGGCGGUGGACCGGGAGUUCCUCUUCACCGUCGGCCUGGGCACCCACCCGUGCGCGCCGGGCUCCCCCGUGAACGGGAGCACGUGCCAGGGCCCCAACGGGACGUCCCGGUUCGCGGCGUCCAUCAACAACGUCUCCUUCGUGCUCCCGACCACGGCGCUGCUGCAGUCGCACUACACCGGGAUGUCCAAGGGCGUGUACGCCUCCAACUUCCCCUUCGCGCCGCCGCGCCCGUUCAACUACACGGGCACGCCGCCCAACAACACGAACGUGAUGACCGGGACCAAGGCGCUGGUGCUGCCGUUCGGCACCGCCGUGGAGCUGGUGAUGCAGGACACCAGCAUCCUCGGCGCCGAGAGCCACCCGCUGCACCUGCACGGCUUCAACUUCUUCGUCGUCGGCCAGGGCUUCGGCAACUACGACCCGGCCAAGGACCCGGCCAAGUUCAACCUCGUCGACCCCGUCGAGCGCAACACCGUCGGCGUCCCCGCCGGCGGCUGGGUCGCCAUCCGCUUCCGCGCCGACAACCCAGGUGUAUGGUUCAUGCAUUGCCACUUGGAGGUGCACAUGAGCUGGGGGCUGAAGAUGGCGUGGCUGGUGCAGGACGGCAGCCUUCCGAACCAGAAGCUCCCGCCGCCGCCGGCAGAUCUCCCGAAAUGCUAGACGUGAAGAUCAAGAUCGAUCGUCGGUGAAGAAGAUUUGUCGCUUCAUUGAUUCGCUUCCGCCUCACGUUGUUUUUUCAAGCUUUUGCUCUCGCGUGUCCAGCGAGUUCGUCGUCAUUAUCUCCACUACAGUGAUGUAUUCUUUUUUUACGCUAAUUAAUUUUUCAGGCGAUUCGCCGUGCUUGUUACAUGCACUUUAUUAAUUGCCACGGUGUUGUGUGGAGUUUUCUUAAUUGGCUGAGCUUCUUUGUAAGUUGUAACAGAAAGCUUGUGUGUGCCUUUUUUCCUAUCUGUAUGUAUCUGCAGUGUAUUUCGAAAUAAAGCCUAGAUAUGUUCAUUGUCA